CAGAAAAAGCUCCGACUUGUCAACCGCCGCGAAAGAGAGACCCAGACAGAAAAAAAGAUGGCCAGCACAAACGAGGAGGAGGUCGCCGCGAUGGAAGAAACAGCAGCGGAAACUGGCCGCCGAAGUACGCGCUCCAGACGGAGUGGGGCCGCCGCGCCGGCCACGCCAACUCCCGCUGCAACCCGGUCGUCCCGGAGGACCAAGAAGCAGGAGGCAGCCGUGGAAGAGGUGCCCGAGGAGGAAGCGCCGCAGCCGGUUGUCGAGGAUGUCAUCAUGGUGGAUUCAGACGAGCCGGAUACGAAACAGGUGAUGGAACAGCUGCAGGACCUAAUCGUCCCGGUACAGGACAACCAGAGCAAGGAAGCGGACGAAAGCAGCUCCAUCAAUCUGUUUGAGGAAUUCCAGGCGGACACGAACACCCAGCAGGACGAAAAGUCCUCCUCCGACAAGGAAGAACCGGUGGCUAUCCCUAAGGAGUGUGAAUUUAUCGCGAAUUUAGCCGCGGAAGAAGAGAACGCCAACAGUCUGCCGUCGGUAGUGGACGAGAACUCUGCCUCGGUCAAUGCGGCUCCCGAAGCGCAGCUGGACGAAGAGUACGUUUCGCCGGCGGCCCCGGAACCUUCCACGUUGGACGCCGUCAACGGCGACAACACGGAGGACGUCACCGGAAGCAGCGAUAACGCACUUGCCGAAAACGUCGCCAACAGGCUGAACGAGGACGAUUCCAAAAACACCGACCUCGACGCGGAAAUGGUCUCCGAAGAUGAACUCCCCCAGCCGGAGCAACCUCAGGUGCACGAUGCUGAGGAAGUGUCCGACGACGAGCUGCCCGGCCCAAAGCUGGCGGAACUACCCGCCGACGCCGAAGUUGUCUCCGAGGACGAGCUGCCGCACACAGCGGAAAAGGUCGCGCCCGAGCUGCCCAAGGACACCGACAACGUAUCCGACGAGGAACUCCCGGCGGCGAAAGUCGAUCUCCCCGCCGACACCGACAACGUCUCGGACGAAGAACUCCCCGCGGCGAAGAAAGCCGAACUGCCCAAGGACACCGACAACGUCUCAGACGAAGAACUCCCCGCGGCAAAGGUCGAUCUUCCCGCGGACACUGACAACGUCUCCGACGAGGAAUUGCCCGCGGCCAAGAAAGCCGACCUUCCGGAAGACACCGACAACGUGUCCGACGAAGAGCUGCCCGCGGCCAAGGUGGACCUGCCAGCCGACACGGACAACGUGUCCGAUGAUGAGUUACCCGUGGCGAAGAAGGCGGAACUCCCCGCCGACACCGACAACGUUUCGGACGAGGAGCUCGAGUCGUCGAAGAAAACGGAGGAUUCUUCCGUAGCGGAAACGCCGCAAAUAGUUCAGGAAGUCCCGGCCGAACCCGACACCCAGCAGCCCGAAAAGACCAAGUCGAGCGACGCGGACAAGAAGGAGUCCUCGAAGCGAAAGCUCGAAAAGGAAGCGGACGCGCCGGCUGAGAAGACGGGCGAAGCGCCCGAGAAGAAGACAAAGGUUGAUCCUCCCGCUGAACCGGAGAAAAAGAAGCUGCCAGAUUUGGACAAGUACUGGAAGGCGGUCAAUGACGAUUCGACGGAUUUCACGGCAUGGACGUACCUGCUGCAAUACGUAGAUCAAGAGAGCGACAUCGAGGCGGCCCGCGAAGCGUACGACGCGUUCCUCGCGCACUACCCGUACUGUUACGGUUACUGGCGCAAGUACGCCGACUACGAAAAGCGCAAGGGCAGCAAACGCAAGUGCGAGGAGGUCUUUGAGCGCGGUCUGCGAGCGAUCCCGCUGUCGGUGGACCUGUGGAUCCACUACCUGGGCCACGUCAAGACGAACAACGCCGACGACGAGACGGCGAUCCGGUCGCAGUUUGAGCGUGCGCUGGCCGCCUGCGGGCUGGAAUUCCGCUCGGACAAGCUGUGGGAGGCGUACAUCAAGUGGGAGAACGAGGGCAAGCGCGUCGACAAGGUGGUGGCGCUGUAUGACCGCUUGCUGGCUACGCCGACCCAGGGUUACGCGAACCACUUUGACCACUUCAAGGAGGUGGUCAACAACAACGGUCCGGUGCACACGCUGGUCAGCAAGGAGGAGUUCCUGGAGCUGCGUGCGUACGUUCGCGAGUCCGCUCGGAAGCGCAAGGAAGAUCGUGAGAAGAAGGAAAAGGAUCGCAAGGACAAGCACGAUGACCACAAGUCGUCCAAGUCCAAGUCGGACAAGUCUGCUGAUAAGCGGGACAAGAGUCAGGAACCGCAGGAAGCUGCCAAGGAAUCUAAGGAAGUGAAAGAGUUGGAAGUGAAGAUUAAGGAGGAGCCUAUGGACACGGAUGAGCUGAAGGCGAAGGAGGAUGAGAAGGAGAAUGCCAAGCCUGCAGAGCAGGACAAGGCCGAAGAGAAGAUGGAGGUCGAGGCGGAGCCGGAGAAGGAAGCUGACGAUCACGUCAACAGUCCCGAGGAAGCGGAUUCCAUCAAGGAUAAGAUCAUUUCUCGGCGCAAGAAGGUUCACAAAGCGACCGUGGCUGCGGUCACCGCUCGAUGGACCUACGAGGAGGGCAUCAAACGGCCAUAUUUCCACGUGAAGCCGCUGGAGCGUUGCCAGCUGAAGAACUGGAAGGAGUAUCUGGACUUUGAGAUCGAACAAGGUGACGACAAGCGCGUGCUGGUGCUGUUCGAGCGAUGCUUGAUCGCGUGCGCUCUUUACGAUGACUUUUGGCUCAAGUUGAUCCGUUAUCUGGACGGACGUGCCGAACACCAGCCGGAAAUGGUCCCACGCAUUCGCGAUGGCUACGAACGCGCAUGCACGAUCCAUCAUCCGGACAAGCCGAGCCUACACCUGAUGUGGUCGGCGUUCGAAGAAUCCCAGGAUAACAUUCCCAAAGCGGCGGAGAUAUUGGCCAACUUGGAAAAGGUUUGCCCCAACCUGAUGCAGAUCGCGUACCGCCGGAUAAAUCUGGAACGACGACGCGGCGAUCACGACAAGUGCGUCCAGCUGUAUCAAACGUAUCUGGCGCAGGCCAAGAGCAAAACCAUCGCCGGCAACAUUGCCAUCAAGUACGCACGGUUCCUCAACAAGAUCAAGAAAGACCUCGACCAAGCCCACACAGUGCUUAAGACGUACCUGGAGAAGGACCCGUCAAACACUCGCGUCGCACUUCAGCUCAUCGAUCUGGCCCUGCAGCGCGACUCCGUCGACGAAAAGGAGAUCGUCGAAAUUAUGGACACAUUCAUGACCCGCGAAGGCAUCGAACCGGACCAGAAGGUGCUGUUCGCCCAGCGAAAGGUCGAAUUCUUGGAGGACUUUGGCAGCACGGCCAAGGGACUGCAGGAGGCCCAGAAGGCGCUGCAGGCCAUCAUGGCCAAGGCGAACGAAGUCAAGAAGAAGAGGGAACAAUCUCCGCCGAAAAAGGCGUCCAAGGAGUCCAGCUCGAGCGCCGCAGCGGGAGCGUCCGCGAGUAGCUACGCCGCGGGCAGCUACAGCUACGCUGCUAACCCUUCGUCCUACUACGGAACGGCGGCGUCCGGGUACCAGUACGGCGACAGCUCCUCGUACGGGUACAGCACCUGGAACCAGCAAUAUUCGCAGUCCGGCUACGGAAACUACGGCCAGUGGAGCGGCUACGGAAGUUACUAUUGAGCGACGACGGGCACAUUCUUUUAAUCUACCGAUUACGUUACGUGUGUAGGAUGCAACCACUAUAAUGUUGUUUUAUAGUAGCGAGAGUUACGCACUUGUGGGGACGAUAAACUAGCUCUUAAUCGUAUUUGUUGGGUAAACUAAACUAUGAUCCGUUUCAACUCUAGGGACUUACUUUUGACUAAAUGUAUGCACAGUACAAUGUGUUGAAUCCUGAACAAUCCACUAAGUUUGGUUUGCGUGUGGAGCACACAAAUUGAAAUAAAAAAUACACUAACUUUA